CCCUGAGUCCCCACCCGACCUUUCCUCAUCACGAGUCCGAAGAAUCCCCUCGAGCACAGGAAGAAGAAAAUCCCAAACAAACCGAGCGAAAAAUCCAACCUUUCCUUCGAUUCAGCAGCUCUCGAUUCCGCGGAGAACAGCCAUGGCCUCCGAGUCCACCAACAACGACGCCCCGAUCGCCAACAACAACCAGCCCACCGCGGAGGAGGAGGUGAGGGUUGAGAGGGCGGCGACUACCCAGGAGGAGGAGGAGAGGCUGCGCUACCUCGAGUUCGUGCAGCAGGCGGCGGCGCAGGCGCUGGUGCUGGCGGCCGCGGCGUACGCGUACGCCAAGCAGGGCGCGGGGCCGCUCCGCCCCGGGGUCGACCACGUCGAGGGAACCGUCAAGGCCGUCGUCGGGCCCGUCUACGACCGCUUCCACGCCGUCCCGCUCGACCUCCUCAAGUUCCUCGACCGCAAGGUUGGUGAGUCUGUUGAGGAAAUCGACCGCCGCGUCCCUCCAGUGGUGAAGGAAGCCCCCACCCUCGCCCGCUCUGCUGCCAAGGAGGUCCGCCAGGCCGGUCUGGUGGGCACAGCCACUGGCCUCGCCAAGUCUGCCAUCGCUCGUGCUGAGCCCAAGGCCAGGGAGCUCUACACCCGCUACGAGCCCGUGGCAGAGCGCCGCGCCGCGGAGGCCUGGGUGGCCCUGAACCGCCUCCCGCUGGUGCCCUCGGUGACCAGGGCGGUCCUCCCCACUGCUGCGCAGCUGUCGGCCAAGUACAACUCCGCGGUGCGCGACGGUGCCAAGCGCGGUAGCACCGUGGCCACCUACCUCCCGCUGGUGCCCACCGAGCGGCUCGCCCGGGUGUUCCCGUACCCCACGGCAGACACUGCCCCGGCGCCGGAGAUGCAGCCCAUCCCGUCGCAGUAGAAGAUGAGAGUUGGACCACCUGCCUGGGAAUUGCAUCAACGAUUAUCAAUCAAAUAUAAUAGUAGCGUCAGUGGUGUAGUAAGGUACUUGAUGAAUCUUUUGUGUGUGAUGAACUGAUGACAAGGUGCAGUAUGUGUGGUGGUGACUGUUUUGUUGGUUCACUAUUGUGGUGAUGCAUCUUGUCUGAAGUCUACGGUAUGUCGUGAACCGUGAUGUGUAUACUGAUGUCUACUGUUUACUGUUGUCAAGAAGAAAUUAUUCAUGCUGUACUCACUGUGGAUUUGGAAGUUGCUA